UUCGGUGGCUCAGCAACUUGUUACAUAUGGAAGACCAACACCAAGUGAUCUGACAUAAAAAUUCAUGAUGUGACAUUCAACCUCAAAGUUGGAAGUUGCAAAGAGAAGUUGUGAUAUCUUUACUUACAAGGGUAAAGAUGGGAGAAAAUGACAUACCUGCAACAGAAGUAGGCUGAAAACACUCUCUUCUCUGCCCCAUCAGGACUGCCACCUGUUCUUGGGAGUAUACUUUAGAAAAAGGGCCAAAACUCCGACUUGGCUUUCUGAAACUGAAGCAUAAAUUCUCUUUUCCUCCAUUUGCCUGGAUCUGGGAAACUGCAUUUGGUGUUAGCUAGUGGAAGCAGUAUGUAUGGCCGAAGUGCAUUGCUGCAGCUGGUAGCAUGAGUGGUGGCCACCAGCUGCAGCUGGCUGCCCUCUGGCCCUGGCUGCUGAUGGCUAUCCUGCAGGCAGGCUUUGGACGCACAGGACUGGUACUGGCAGCAGCGGUGGAGUCUGAAAGAUCCGCAGAGCAGAAAGCUAUUAUCAGAGUGAUCCCCCUGAAAAUGGACCCCACAGGAAAAUUGAAUCUCACAUUGGAGGGUGUGUUUGCUGGUGUUGCUGAAAUAACUCCAGCAGAAGGAAAACUAAUGCAGGCUCGGAUGGCGGGUGAGCGAGGAGCCAGCGCUGUCCUCUUUGACAUCACCGAGGAUCGAGCUGCUGCUGAACAGCUGCAGCAGCCCCUGGGGCUGACUUGGCCAGUGGUGUUGAUCUGGGGCAACGACGCCGAGAAGCUGAUGGAGUUUGUGUACAAGAACCGGAAGGCCCACGUGAGGAUUGAACUUAAGGAGCCCCUGGCCUGGCCAGAUUAUGAUGUGUGGAUCCUUCUGACCGUGGUGGGUAUCAUCUUUGUGGUCAUCCUGGCUUCAGUGCUGCGCAUCCAGUGCUGCCCCCGCCACAGCAGGCCGGAGCCCCUUCAGCAGCGAACAGCCUGGGCCAUCAGCCAACUGGCUACCAGGAGGUACCAAGCCAGCUGCAGGAGGGCCCAGGCUGAAUGGCCAGACUCAAAUAGCAGCUGCAGCUCAGCCCCCAUGUGUGCCAUCUGCCUGGAGGAGUUCUCUGAGGGGCAGGAGCUACGGAUCAUUUCCUGCCUCCACGAGUUCCACCGCACCUGCGUGGACCCCUGGCUACAUCAGCAUCGGACUUGCCCUCUCUGCAUGUUCAACAUCGUAGAGGGCGAUUCAUUUUCCCAGCCCUUGGGACCCUCUCGACCUUACCAGGAACCAGGCCGGAGACUCCACCUCAUUCGCCAGCAUCCUGGUCACGCCCACUAUCACUUCCCUGCUGCCUACCUGCUGGGCCCUUCACAGAGCUCGGUGGCCCGGCCCCCACAACCUGGUCCCUUCCUGCCAUCCCAGGAGCCUGGCACAGGUCCUCGGCACCACCGCCUCCCUAGAGCAGCACAUCCCCGGCCUCCGGGCGAGCAGCAGCGCCUGGCGGUGGCCCAGCUCCCCUAUGCACAGGGUUGGGGGCUGAGCAGGCUUCGAUGUACCUCGAAGCACCCUGCCGCUUGCCCAGUGCCCCCGCGCCGGGCCAGGCCUCACGACAGUAGCGGGUCUGGGGAAAGCUACUGCACGGAACGCAGCGGCUACCUGGCAGAUGGACCAGCCAGUGACUCCAGCUCAGGGCCCUGCCAUGGCUCCUCCAGUGACUCGGUGGUCAACUGCACAGACAUCAGCCUGCAGGGCAUCCACGGCAGUAGUUCUACCUUCCGCAGCUCUCUGAGCAGUGACUUUGACCCCUUGGUCUACUGCAGCCCUGAAGGGGAGCCCCAGAGGAAGGAGACACAUGUUAGUGUGGCCUCUCGUCCCCGGUCCUUGGACUCAGUCGUGCCCUCAGGGGAAACCCAGAUCUCUAGCCAUAUCCACUACCACCGCCACCGGCACCACCACUACAAGAAGCGGUUCCAGUGGCAUGGCAGGAAGGCUGGCCCAGAAACGGGGCCCCGCCAGUCCAGGCCUGCUGUUCCUCGGACACAGCUCCAGCUGGAGCCCCCUUCUCCUGAUGAGCAAGCGGACAGAUCCAGCUCACCAGCCCCUGCAGGGCAGCUCCCCAACCCACAAUGGCCUAAGGCCCUCACGGAGCCAGCCCCUGGCCCAGCUGAAGCCUCCAGCCCCGGCCCCGUUCCCAGCGCCUUUUUCAGCUUGCAGAAAUCCAGCCUCCCUGCCCGACACCCACAGAGGAAACGGCGGGGGGGUCCCUUAGAGCCCACCCCAGUCUCUCGGCCCCAGGACUUGACUGCGCACCCAGCUUGCCGGAUGUUUCCCCACUAUGGCCCCAGCCUGGCAUACCCUUGGUCCCCAGAGGCCCACCCCUUGAUCUUCAGACCUUCGGGCCUGGAUAGGAGGCUUCUACCAGAAACCCCAGGCCCCUGUUACUCAAGUUCACAGCCAGUGUGGUUGUGUCUGACUCCACGCCGACCCCCGGGGCCACACCCACCCGAUGAGGGGCCUUCCGAAAGGAGUCCUGACACCACAGAGGGCAGGUCAUGCCCUUACCCACACUGCCAGGUGCUGCCAGCCCAGCCUGGCUCAGAGGAGGAGCUUGAGGAGCUGUGUGAACAAGCCGUGUGAGAUGUUCAGACCUGGCUCCAACCAAGACAGUGCUCUGGAUGACUCAGGGCCCUACCAGGCAGAGUCCUGCUUCUGGGAGAAAAAAGGACCUCAGCAAACGCCCCUCUUUUUGCCAUACUUCCUGAACCAGUGGAAGAGGAGUGGUUGUGGUGGGUGGCGGGAGGUGCUGUUUCCUGAUCCCAGCUAUGGGGUGAUGGGUCCCCCCUUGUCUGCAGAACACAUCCCACAGCAGCAAGUCUGAGUCCAGCCAGGCAACCAGCUACUGCCUGUGCACAUGUAUGGACUGGCUCCCUUGAAGAGUAUGUUUUUUGAGGGCAGGAAGCCAGAUAUGGGAAGUCAGGAUGUUAC